ACAGAACAAAAGGCAGUUUUUUUUCCUGUGCAAGAAUCACCAAUUACGAGAAUUCAAGGAUCAAAGUUAGAGUUUUGCCAAAAAGGAAGAAAAUCUCGCAGUAUAAAGGUGGAACCACGAGAGGAAAAAAAAUCCCUAAUCGACCAGCGGCCGUAGCAUAUAGAAAGAAAGAUGCGGCCAUCUCUGUGGAGAAGAAGUUUCCGUCCUUGGCGUCUCGUCCUCGAUUCGCGUCGCAACUUGGGAUUAGCAACCUCUUCGAGAGCUCUUCCAAUCGUACCACCUCCGCAGUUGCCUGCAGAUUCUUCUGCCUAUUCCUCCGUACUCACCAAGCUCUACUCAUCCUGCGGGCCGGAUGAAGAAGAUCUGUAUUGGGAACCAGCACGAGAGUUGAGGGACUUGUUUCAGAAGUACCUGAAAGGUGAAAACCACCAAAUUACUCCGAUCGUCCGAAUAAUUGUUGAGGGUAGCAGGUCAUGGUUGGAGGAACAGAUGUUAGAUCAUGCACGGAUGUUAGAUGAGGAUGAAAUCUCUGGGGUUGGUUGUAAAGGUACUUUCGGACGCUGGUAUGAAAAAUCUGGAAGCUGGGAUGACGGUCAACCAGAGUUGAAGGUCAUGGAAACUGACGAUCUUGGAGCUGACGAUGGUCACGGCGGUGGAGAACUGGACGUGGAUUCCGUCGGUGUUUGGGGAGUUCCCCGGAGCGGAGAUCCUGACGCCUUGCAGCUUCACGUUGCGGCAGAAGUUGAUGACCAUCAGUAAGGCUAUAUAGCCUCCUCUAACAUCAUGAACUCGUUUAUUCUUUAUUAUGAUAACCUGCUAAGGACGCAAUAAACUUAUAUUUAUUGAGUUUUUGCUGAUACCACUACACCACCCGAAUUAUGACGAAAAUGUCUGUAUUCUUUUCAAUAUUCCACCUCCUCCACUCACCCCAUUGUCAUUCGCCGUUCGUCGUCCCCUUCUUCCCUAUUGCGCGAAUCUGCCAUAGAAACAAACCGUCCCCUAGCUUCUUCCCUGCUGCGAACCCAUCAUAGAAACAAAAAUCAAUCCCCUUCCUUCCCCCAAUCCACUCCAUUCCCUUCUCCCUCUCACCUCCGCUCCACCCUCCGCUAACUCGAUUUGUUGCUGAAGGCCUGCAUGCUGAUCAACAAAGUGAAGGGAAGCUCUGCUCAGCUUGUUCGUCCUUCAUCCUGCAGCAUCUUGGAAGACCAUCAGCAGCUAGUGAUCAGGCAGGGGCGAAGCAAGCUUGGUGGCUGGAGUUAUCCAACUAGUGAUCCACCACAUUCCAAUUAUGCGGAUGGUCAAAGUGGUUAAAGUGUUACUAGCAUAGGGCCCGGCCGAUUGGCCGGUGGAGUUAUAUCUUGACAUUCUAACUUACUAUUAUGUUUGGUUUAUUUUCGAAUACUUGAAUGACAUCGUAGAAACUACCAUAUUGUAUGUAGUAAUAGUUGUCUUGUGUUAAAAUAACAAAUAUGUACAUUUCAU